AUGGGGGAAAUAUUUUUGAACAAGGCCCUCGGGUUUUUGUCGUCAGAUAAGCAGAAGGACCGCAAUGAAGGCCUGGCAGAUCUGAAGCACAUUCUGCAGCAGAAUAAACAAAGCUCAAAGCUACUGGACCUCAACGAUAAAGCCUGUCACAGAAUCUUUGAAUGCUUGUUUCGAUUUGUCGCGCUAGAAAGACCAUCUUACAACCGUGCCCAAAAAUCGAAUUCCAAGAGCACUUCUAGUACCCGAUUGUCAACAUGCGCGUCAGUGCUUCGGAUUGCGGUCGAUACCUUUUUGCGAAACCUAAGAACCAAAACUGUCCGUGCGAUAAUUGACCAUAUCGUUGAAACUAUACCAAUUCCUGGAGAAGGCCUAUGGGAGCUUUUAAGUGUGGACUAUACGAAAAGCCUGGCAUCUCUGCUACGCCACUCUCCCCACACCGAGCACCUGGGGGACACAGAAUGGAACACACUCGUGGAUUUCUGCCUUGCAGCUAUCAAACUAGAAAAUGGUGGCGAGAGUCAGCUCAGCAUCCGCAGUGAAAAUCUUUCUACCCCCGAGGAGGCCCUGGAUGGUACUAACGACAGCCUCUCAACCUCAUUCAGAAUGACCCCGACCCAAACUCAUAAAGAUAAAUAUGUCGGGAAUAGAAAUACUAUCGAGGAGAUUGUAGCCUGCAUGCAGCUGCUGACUGAGAGUCCCAGUGCCCCUGUGCAAGCUGCAGCCGACAACAUACUACUGGGUCUGGUGGAUUUCGUCAAGUCGCCAUCCAUAAUGGCUGGAAACGCACACCAGCUCGCAUUCAGUAGCAUUAAUACAGUCGUUAGGAAAGUCAUGUUCGAUCAAUCCGAACUCGUCCGAUCAUCUUUGUUGGAGUUGAUCCCGGUAAUUCGACGUCUUUGGUCCACUAAAUUCCACAAUCUGAAAGAGGAGCUCCUUGCUACCUUGAUGCUGUCUAUGGCAAUCUUGGUCGAUUCGAUAGCAAAGAAACCCACUGAAUCUCUUUUGCGCUCGAUGGAGAGAUUGGCCGAUUCAUUGCAUUCUGAGUAUGUGAAGCGACCCGAGAAAGGUCAGUUGCAAAUCGACGAAACUGUCCUUUAUUCAACGACAGUGGACGAUAAACUAUCAAUCUAUGGCCCUCGAUUCGGAAACUCUCGCUCAGAACAUAAUUGGACGGUCUUAUGGGUCAUUGCGAGCCUUUUGAAGCUUUUAGAAACUGUUGCGAACCAAUCACCGGGCUGCGCAUUAGACGAUGAAGCAUCACACAAAAGACAACGUGUCGAUUCUGCGAUGGAAGACAUUCUUCGGGACGCUACAUCAGCAACAGGUGCACGAAGGAUUUGUGCAUUGCAACUGAUUCCAUUUCUUGAAAUUGACAUGGAUGUUGAAAGAAAGGAGGCCAUUACGCAGCGACUGAUGCCUCAUAUCCUUGAUGACAAUGUGACAGUCUCUUCUUGGACUAUGUUGGCACUGACUAGUAUCGCAAGGGGCCCUGAUGCGAGACUGCCUAUUUUCAAGGUCCAUUGGCAAAGCGCAAUAGAUCUCACAACUCGUUCAUUUUCUUCAUCUGGCACAUCGCGGGCCGCCUGCAAGUUGACAAGCUCGAUCUUGGAAGCAGACUUGUUGGACUAUCCGAUAGCGACGGAGGCUGUACGGUCGUUGCUCUCGUCCUCUAAUUUCAGUGGACCUUCUGCUAUUUCUGACUCAUCCCUGGAGCUUUGGUCAUUGAUUGCACGGCGAAAGACGCAACUGAACCUUAGCUCAAUCCAGAAUUCCUCCAGGCAAAUUUGCAAUUGGUUGAGAGAUGUUUGGUCAAUUGGUGUCGUAACAGACCGGCUUCAAGCAGCUAGUCUCGCAAUGUUUGCCCGUCCGCUUGAUUUGCUUAAUUUGUUCUUGGCAUGCACAAACCGCGCCUUUGAUCUUCCGUGCCACCCACAAGCAGGCCAGUCGAGCAAUAUUGCAAAGACCUGGUAUUUCUUUCACGAAAACCAAAAGGUUCUAGAGUACAUUUUCAAUGUUGGGGUCUCCUUUAGAAACUGGGGACUUUGGAAUCGAAACCCCACUUGGCGUUUAAAGUGUCAGACUAGGGCGGAGCCUGAUGAUGCGGUUAUUAUAGAGCUCCUCCGGUCAAAAUCGCAAGCCUUUCUACAAAUGUGGAAGAUGUUGACCGAAGAUAAGUUAUACCAUGUCACUGCUGAUCUUCUCCAAAUCUCAGCUUCUUUCUGCAUUGUCUUCAGUCUUUAUGCGGCGUGUCUUCCCCAGCAACUAGUGCCAAAGAUACAAGACAUUCGGGAGAAUUGUGAGACCCUAUGGUAUGGCAUAUGUGACCUCCUGGCAGCAAAGGGAUCCAACUUUAUGCAUGCAUGCCUUGAACUCCUAUUGCCUAUACUUCCUUCUGUGGCGGAUACCGACCCCCAGUCCGCUGUUUGGAUUGGCCUUUCUCCGCUUGUCAUACCCCUUUCCAGUGUACUUGAAAGCCUGCGCCAGAGCCAGAAAGAACAUCGAUCCAUCUCCAAGGAUUUUAUGGACUUGGAUGAUCAACUGACAUCAGCUGAAGAAGAACAACAUGCUGAACAGGUCAUACUCUCUUUGAAUCGAGAAUACGUCCCUCUGUUUCCCGAUAUUGUUUCUUUUCAGCGCUGCUUGACAAUUCAACUCUCUCUUUUGCUCAGACUACAGCCCGAAAGCCCGCACAACGAGCUAUCGAAACACUCGAGCCUGGCCGAGUACCUGGUCAGUCUAGAUCAAUCAGACCUCUUAUCUGCACGCCACGUUCUACCCAAGGCUUACCAAGCCUGCUUACAAAUGGGACGAGACAACGUACUACAGGUGAUUGAAGACAUUGGAGAAAAAUGUCUUCAGUCAUAUGAAAUGGAACGUUGUGAAGCAUCUCACGGCCUUUGCAUCCAUAUGAUGGCUGGACUUGUUGCAUGCUGGACAGACAACCAGAGCGAUAACUUGCAUCAGUCAGCCAUGGAUCUGUAUGGGUGGUUCAUGAAAGCCCUCCUCGCUCGUAAAAGAGCGUCUCCCAGGACUUACAUCAUACUUUCUGAAUUGAUACAAGCGGUUCUUGGUACAAGCCCUGUGUACGGAAGCGAACAAUCGCUUCCGUCACCGCGGACCAGUUUAUUUACAAUACUAAAGGAAGGGGAUGUCCAAGUCAAAUUUAGUGUUGCCAAUUAUAUUCCAACUCUUUUUGAAAAGUAUCUUCUGAAGGACCAUGAUGCAGUAUUCGAGGAUGUGCUGGAAAGUCUUCCCAGAGAUCCGGACUGGAUUGAAGGAAUUGCACUUCGUCUGUUUGCCUUGUCCCUGUUGGCCUCCCAAUGGCACACUCUGCUACGCAGAAGCGUUUACCAUAUUUUCGAGAUUCCAGCUAAUGUGCCACUCUCGCUGGACUAUGCUCGCAAAUGUAUCAAGUUUGUUUCGAAGACCCGGGGGUUGGAAGACGGGAGACAGCUGUUCCAACUGUUCGCAUCCCAGAUACUCUAUACGUGGACAGAAACUCAACCAAUUACUUCAAUGCCUUUCAGCAUCUUUGGAUACGGAAGUCUCAAAGAGAUGUUCGUUGAUGCUAAAGAAGAGCUCGUUGGACAGAUGGUGAUGCGUGCCAAAGAGUUUGAAAUACAAGAGCUUGCAGAUAUUCUCGAAGAGCCUCAUCUCAAGCUCUUAGAAACAUCGUUCCACAAAGCCGAGGCUUAUAGUAUUGCUCGUGAUAUUAGCCUUCCACCAGAUCAGGGAAGCCAGUCGCAGGGUAUGGAAAUCCGACUGAGAAGACUGCUCGGAGCCGACGGAUUCAUGGCCCAAGUGGAAUACCAGUUCCCUCAAAUAAUAGCCAACCUUUUCAAGGCGCUUGACCAGUGCGAUUCAAUUGAACGAGAAUACGGAAAGCGAUCUGCUUUCUGCUAUGCGCUUGAUAUCCAGACUCGAAUUGCCAGCGCAUGCAAUUCUGUGACUUCAUUAUCUGCAAACCAGCAGCCAUCAUUUCGAGCUCGCUACCUUUUGGACGAGUUGGAAUUUAUUUGCAAGCGUGCAGGAUUCGAGGUUGAGUCAAUAUGGACACCGCCCUUAGUCUCGUUCGUGUGUCGAUCCCUGUUGGAGUCAAUCCACCCUGCUUUGGGAUCGCUUCAUACGUGUUCUGUGAUUCGAAAAAUCAGAAUUCUAGUUUGUCUUGCCGGCCCGAGAAUACUGGAGGAUUACCCAUUCGAGAUGGUAUUGCAUGCCUUGAGACCAUUCUUGAUGGAUAUUCAUUGCUGUGAAGAUGUUUUGGGCAUUUUUCAGUAUCUUCUUGAUGCAGGAAAGCCAUAUUUGAUGCGCGCUCCUGGAUUCAUGGCAGGUAUUUGCAUGUCAACACUAGUCUCACUUCGGAAGCUUUUUGCAUCAUCUCCUGAGAGCACAACACAGGAAAGUCAGUUUAGAACAGUGCUUUCAAGCGCGAAAAUGUUUUACCAAUGGCUCUGUGAUUUGGUCAAAAACUACGAUUCUUCUGGUUUGAGUACAUCUAGCCAGAAAUCCUUCUCACAACUUCUAAAACUUGCACAAGACUUUUCAGUCCUCGAAAAUUUAUCGAAUGAUCAAAAUGAUAAAGAGUUGGUCUUCGAGGUGCUGAAAGACCGUGGCUCUGUAAAGCCCUUGUUGACUAAAUCCAUUGGUGACAAUGUGCUAUCCUUACUCUGUCCUGAGAUCAAGCGAACGUUGAACAAGGAUGAUGUGCAUCUUGACCCAAAAUCCCAUGUCGUUUCCCUGUGGCACACUCUUGAUAGAUUUGACAGUGGACCCGAGUAUUCGUUGUGGGCAGCUCGACUUAUCGGACGCUCGUUUGCUGCUACGGGCAAGAUAGACGAAAGCUUGCUAAGAGAACAACAGCCGUCGUUCUUUGAAGCAUCCGACAAACACGAGCAAAUUGACAAUUACUGUCAAUCCAAGGCUACGAUCCUCCAAAUUCUCUGCGAGAAGCUGCCUGCCAACAAUCAUGUGGAAGCUGGUCUGAUUGAACGUACACUGCAACUCAUUCUCAACAAAAUCAUCGAAUUUCCAGACUUCGAAGAAUGUACAGAGGUGAUUCCCGAGUCCUUGAUGAAAGCUCUUAUUUGGGAUCCAUACUCCUGUCCUGAUGUUAUUCUUUCGAAAUCAGAGCUCGAACUUUGUACCAAAGCAACCGCAAGCGUCUCCGAGCUUCUUGUGGGUGACUGGGCUCGUAAUGCUUCUCUUUCUUUGUGUAAUGUUUCUUUGGAUGAUCCGGUAGUUGGUCCUCUGCGCAAGGUUCUUGUCGUGAUCCCUGGACUGGCUGUGCAGUUGUUGCCGUAUAUCGUUCAUGACGUUCUACUUGCAGAGAAAGAUAAGAGAGGCCAAAUUCGUCAAGAUAUCUCUGACGCUUUCAAAAGAAUUCUGCAGAAGGUUGAUGACGAGACGAUGCCUCACGCUCGGAGCGUCAUUAAUUGUAUCCUCUACCUUCGCAAUCAACCCGUGCCAGAUGAGUCAACCAUCGUCGAUCGGGAUUGGUGGCUAGAUAUCGAUUUUGGAGAAGCUUCCUCAGCUGCGCAUCAGUGUGGAUUGCCAAAAACGGCACUUUUGUUUCUCGAAAUCCAGACAAGUAGGGUCAUUGCGGGGUCACGUCGCUCGUCCAUCGUGAAAUAUGAACCGCCAUCGGGACUUCUUCACGGCAUUUUCAAGAAUGUGGAUGAUCCAGACUUGUUUUAUGGGAUUCAACAAAGCUCCUCGUUGACCACUGUGGUGGAGAGAUUGGAAUACGAAAGCUCCGGAUUCAAAAACCUUCUAUUUCAGAGUGCACAAUAUGAUAGCGAAAUUCAGAUAUCCGGAAUAGCCAACCCUUCUGGAGUGCUGAGAGCCUUGAACGAUGCCAACCUGCAAGGAAUUGCUAACAGUAUGCUAUCCACCGGAGGUGGAACAAAUGAGACACUUUUGACUACCGAUAAUAUGUUGCAAGGAGCAACGAGCCUGCAACAAUGGGAUGUGCCUGUAUCGCCGUUGGACUUGUCGCCCUCGGCGACAGUGUUUCGUGCCUUUCAAAGCCUCAACACAUCAUCUUCUUUACCUGAGAUGUUUGAUUGCAUCGAUGACUGUCUUUUGAAGACAUUAAACUCCUUAACCCAUACUGGUCGAUCUGCAAUUCAGAUCAGAAAUACCAUGCGUGCUCUAGGAAUCGUGACGGAGAUGAGCGAUGUGAUACAGUCAAGAUCCCCCGACGAAAUGGACUCCGAGUGGCAGCGAAUUAAAGACAGCAGCAGCUGGCUGAAAACUGAAAGGUAUCUAUCUAUACAAGAAUGUUUCAACCGGCGCAUGGGUGCUAAAUUGACUAGUUAUCACGAGGUUCGAGAAAUUUUGAGUUGGCAUGAGGCGUUGUUCUCGUCGAUCAGGAAGAGUGAUCUACUCAAUUCGCAAACAAAGAUGACCGUUGCACAAACACACCUUCUCGAAGCAAAAGUGUUCCGGGAGUCGCUCGAAAUUACUAGGAAGCAUGCCGUAUCCCAAGCAUCUUUGAAAUCAGCCAUUAGUCUCUCAAGACUAUCCGAACUUUGUGCUACUCUGGGGACAAACAUUGAUGGCGUUACAAAGUUUGAUCUUGCCAAUGUACUCUGGGACCAGGGCGAGAUGACUGCAUCUAUUCGAAUGUUGCAACAUCUCAAAGGCCAAGGUGAAUUACACAAACAAGCAAUUCCACUUACCCGCUCUGAGUUGCUUGUCACUUUAGGCCACCAUGUCGCUGAAGCUCGCCUGGAGAAGCCGGAUUCGAUCCUUCAAGAUUACCUAUCCCCAGCAGUCAAAGAACUGAAAGGUGACGCGGAAGGAGAAACAGCUGGACGAGUGUACCACGGAUUCGCAGCAUUCUGCGACCAGCAGCUCUUGAAUGCCGACGGCCUGGAGGACUUCAAGCGAGUGGAACAACUGCGAGACCGCAAAGAGAAAGAACUCCAAGGCCUGGAGGAUAUGAUGAAAAAUGCAGAGGGCCGAGAAAAAGAAUCCCUUAAGAUAUUCCGUUCUAAGGCUAAGCAAUGGUUUGAUCUUGACGAUCGCGAAUACCAGCGCUUACUUCGAAGUCGAGAAGCCUUGUUACAGCAAUGUCUUGAGAAUUACCUGCUUGCCUUGAGAGAGAGCGAUGCCUAUCACAAUGAUAUCCUUCGAUUCUGUGCGCUUUGGCUAGACAAAUCCGAUAGCAAAAUUGCAAAUUCGGCUGUCUCAAAGCACCUCAGUGAGGUGCCCAGCUAUAAGUUCGCCCCUCUUAUGAACCAGCUCUCUUCACGCUUGCUUGAUGUUUCUGAUGACUUCCAGUCAUUGCUGACAGGACUGGUUUACAAAAUUUGUGUGGAGCACCCGUUCCACGGCAUGUAUCAAAUAUUUGCCAGCAGCAAGUCCAAAGGAGGAAAAGACCCAUCAUCUCACUCCCGAUACCGUGCUGCAAAUAAUCUUGUGGAUCGUUUAAAGAACGAUAGCAAGAUGGGAUCUACCUGGGUGGCCGUUCAUAACAUGAACAUAACUUACGUUCGCUUUGCAGUUGACAAACCAGAUAGCAAGUUCAAAACAGGCGCCAAAAUCUCUCUGAAAAAACUCCCCACCGGAGAGCGCCUUGGACACGAUGCAGUUACGCACAGACUGCCUCCACCGACUAUGAAGAUUGAGCUCCGGCGAGACCGGGAUUACAGCCAAGUUCCUAUAGUCGCUAAAUUUUCCAAUGAAUUCACCCUCGCAUCCGGUGUUAGCGCACCCAAAAUUGUGACAGCCAUAGCAACCAAUGGCGUACAUUAUAAGCAGCUGUACAAGGGAGGAAACGAUGACCUUCGUCAAGACGCAAUUAUGGAGCAAGUGUUUGAACAAGUGAGCAGCGUCCUGAGUGUUCACCAGCCAACUCGACAGCGAAACUUAGGAAUCCGCACAUACAAAGUGCUGCCAUUGACCCUCAAUGCGGGUAUCAUUGAAUUUGUACCCAAUACGAUUCCAUUGCACGAUUAUCUGAUGCCUGCACAUCAACGCUACUUCCCCAAGGAUAUGAAGCCCAGUGCCUGUCGGAAACACAUUGCCGAUGUUCAGAGUCGAUCAAUGGAACAACGAGUCAGGACCUAUCGCCAAGUCACAGACCACUUCCAUCCAGUAAUGAAAUACUUCUUCAUGGAGAAGUUCAACAACCCCGAUGACUGGUUCAGCAAGCGACUUGCAUAUACCAGGAGUACUGCUGCAAUCUCUAUUCUAGGCCACAUCUUAGGACUCGGUGACCGCCAUGGACACAACAUCUUGUUAGACGAAAAAACUGGCGAAGUGAUCCAUAUUGACCUGGGUGUUGCAUUUGAACAAGGACGCAUUCUGCCUGUUCCGGAAGUCGUGCCCUUCCGACUUACUAGGGAUCUUGUCGACGGGUUUGGAAUCACCAAGACCGAGGGCGUCUUCCGGCGAUGCUGUGAAUUUACUCUGGAAGCACUUCGACAAGAGUCGUACAGCAUUAUGACCAUUCUCGAUGUUCUUCGUUAUGAUCCCCUGUACAGCUGGACUGUCUCACCGCUGCGGAUGAAGAAAAUGCAAGAUGACCAGGAAAACGGAGAUGGACUGCAUGUUGUGCCGGGCACAACUGACAAAUCAUCAACGAACGAGCCCAGCGAGGCUGACCGAGCCUUGACCGUGGUUGCAAAGAAACUGAGUAAAACACUCAGCGUCACCGCGACUGUUAACGAAUUGAUCCAGCAGGCAACAGAUGAAAGGAAUUUGGCUGUCCUGUACUGUGGCUGGGCCUCUUACGCUUAA